AUGGGUAUUAAGGAAAUUCGCACCGCUCUGAAAGUUGAUCUCAACAAACAUGCUCGCGAGCAACCCGGUUUACAUAACCGAUGGCAUCCUGAUAUUCCGGCGUGUGGCAAAAUUGCCAACAAUGAAGUCGUCAAGAUCGAGUGUCUGGACUGGACUGGUGGACAAAUCAAAAACAACGACUCUGCCGAUGAUGUUCGAGAUGUUGAUCUGACUGAGAUUCAUUACUUGUCUGGCCCUUUCGACGUCGAGACCGCCGAGCCGGGAGACGUCCUUCUUGUUGAGAUCCAAGAUGUCCAGCCGUUCCAGGACCAGCCCUGGGGAUUUACUGGUAUAUUUGCCAAAGAAAACGGAGGAGGCUUCUUGGAUGAGCUCUACCCCAAACCUGCAAAGGCAAUCUGGGACUUUGAAGGCAUCUUCUGUUCCAGUCGUCAUAUUCCGGGAGUCCGUUUUGCUGGGUUGAUUCAUCCCGGAAUUCUCGGAUGUGCCCCGUCGGCAGAAGUGCUAGCUGAAUGGAAUAAACGCGAAGGGGAGCUCAUCGCGGCUAAUACCAUUGAUGGUCGAAUCGUUGCACAGCCACCUCAGCCUAUCAAUACUCAUGCAGGAAGCGCGGCAGAAGAUAUCAAGGAUAAGGUGGCAAAGGAAGGAGCCAGAACAAUCCCAGGUCGCCCUGAACACGGCGGUAACUGUGACAUCAAGAACCUCUCCCGCGGGUCGAAGGUGUAUCUCCCGGUCCACGUCCCAGGCGCCAAAUUCUCAGUUGGAGACUUGCAUUUCUCCCAAGGGGAUGGCGAAAUCUCAUUCUGUGGUGCCAUCGAAAUGGCCGGUGUGAUUACACUCAAAUUCUCCGUCAUUAAGAAGGGCAUGGCGAAGAUGGAUAUGAAAUCGCCCAUCUUCCUACCGGGCCCAGUUGAGCCACAAUUUGGACCGGGACGUUUCCUUACCUUUGAAGGUUUCUCGGUUGAUGAACACGGUAAACAACACUUCUUGGAUGCCACGGUCGCGUACAGACAAACUUGUCUACGAGUGAUCGAGUAUCUCAGACGUUAUGGGUACUCGGACUAUCAGAUUUACCUUCUUCUCUCAUGUGCUCCAGUGCAGGGACACAUUGCCGGGAUUGUGGAUAUCCCGAAUGCUUGCACCACCCUUGGCGUGCCGAUGGAUAUUUUUGACUUUGACAUCAGACCCGAAGCUGAUGCGGUGAAGAGAGAUAUGGGAAGCUGUGCCUUUGCAAGCAAGUAA